AUACAGAAAUUGGCUUGAAAGAUUGGAAAACAAAAGAAAUGGUUGUCUGUUUAUAAGCAAAAGCUGUGUGUCAACAUUCAUGAAGCACAUUUCCGGAAGAGAAAAUGAGAAGGUUUAGGAGAAAAAGAGAGAGAGAGGGUGCCCUAUAUAUGCAAGGCAUUCUAUCUGAUAAUAAAUUCUCAAAACCACUGGAAAAGAAUGGGAAGCUCCAUUUUUGGCCAUAAGCUUAUCCUUUCAUCUUUUUUUCUUUUCAUUUUCCUUUUGGGAGCUGUUCAUGGCAGCAAAAAGUGUUACAUUGUAUACUUGGGAGCUCAUUCUCACGGUCCCAGCCCUACGUCUCUUGACCUCCAAAUUGCUACGCAUUCUCAUCACAAUUUACUAGCUUCAAUCUUCUCAAGUGAGGAGAAAGCGAAAGAAGCAAUUAUUUACUCAUAUAAUAGACACAUCAAUGGGUUUGCUGCGCUACUUGAGGAGGAAGAAGCUGCUGAUAUUGCAAAAAACCCAAAUGUAGUAUCUGUGUUCUUGAGCAAACAACAUAAAUUGCACACUACCCGGUCAUGGGAAUUUCUUGGAGUGCACAAAAAUGGGAAAAACUCUGCUUGGCAAAAGGGAAGAUUUGGUGAAAAUGCAAUAAUUGCUAACAUAGACACAGGUGUUUGGCCUGAAUCCGAGAGCUUCAGUGAUGAAGGAUUUGGCCCCGUCCCUUCAAAAUGGCGCGGGGCUAAUGUUUGUCAAAUUAACAAACUUCCCGGCUCAAGGAAAAUUCCAUGCAACAGGAAGCUGAUUGGAGCAAGAUUCUUUAACAAAGCUUUUGAGGCAUAUAAUGGCCAACUUGAUCCAUUGCUACAUACGGCGCGUGACUUUGUGGGGCAUGGUACCCAUACUCUAUCAACUGCUGCAGGCAACUUUGUUGAAGGUGCAAGUGUUUUUGCAGUUGGCAAUGGCACUGCAAAGGGAGGGUCCCCAAGGGCUCGAGUUGCAGCUUAUAAAGUGUGUUGGUCUCUAACCGAUUCAGCCAAUUGUUAUGGUGCGGAUGUGUUAGCUGCUAUUGACCAAGCCAUAGACGAUGGUGUUGAUAUCAUCAAUCUUUCGGCUGGUGGCAGUCACGUUGUCACUCCCGAAGGAAUAUUCACAGAUGAGGUUUCCAUUGGGGCAUUCCAUGCAAUUGCUAGAAACAUACUUUUAGUUGCCUCUGCAGGGAAUGAUGGACCAACUCCAGGAUCUGUUGUCAAUGUGGCUCCUUGGGUCUUCACAAUUGCUGCUAGCACAAUAGACAGAGAUUUUACUAGUACUUUAACCAUUGCUAAUGGUAACAACAAUCAACAAACCACGGGAGCGAGUCUGUUUGUGAAUUUGCCACCCAAUCAGGCCUUUUCUCUGAUCCUUGCCACCGAUGCUAAGCUUUCUAAUGCCACAUUUCGAGACGCUCAACUUUGUAGGCGUGGAACACUUGAUCCUAGAAAAGUACAUGGAAAAAUAGUGUCAUGUGUUCGAGAAGGAAAAAUAAAAUCAGUCGGUGAGGGUCAGGAGGCUCUAUCUGCAGGCGCCAAGGGAAUGAUUUUGGACAAUCAACAACAAAGUGGGAAUACACUUCUUGCUGAGCCUCAUGUUUUGUCCACUGUCAACAGGCCCAAAAAACAUGGAAAGACAAAGCCCGGUCUUUCUGACCUAACUGCCACGGACUCUAUAAGCUUAGGUUCUACAAUAAAAAUGUCCCCAGCAAGAACAUUGUUUGGAAGAGAGCCAGCUCCAAUUAUGGCUUCAUUCUCAUCUAGAGGACCCAAUAAGAUUCAACCAUCAAUACUAAAGCCUGAUGUCACUGCGCCUGGUGUAAACAUACUAGCUGCAUAUUCACUAUUUGCAAGUGCAUCGAACUUGAUAACAGACACUCGUCGUGGGUUUCCAUUCAAUGUAUUGCAAGGAACUUCCAUGUCUUCCCCUCAUGUUGCUGGCAUCGCUGGACUUCUCAAAACACUUCACCCUAAUUGGAGUCCUGCUGCUAUAAAAUCUGCAAUCAUGACCACAGCCACCACACGUGAUAACACAAACAAGCCAAUAAAGGAUGCAUUUGAUAAAAUACGGGCAACUCCCUUCGCUUAUGGUUCAGGACAUGUUCAACCCGACCUUGCAAUAGAUCCUGGCCUUGUUUAUGACCUAAGCCUUGCUGAUUACUUGAACUUCUUAUGUGCUUCUGGAUAUGACCAACAACUCAUUUCCACGCUCAAUUUCAAUAGGAUAUUCAUUUGUUCAGGCUCUUACAAAGUAACAGACUUGAACUACCCUUCAAUCACAUUGCCAAAUCUUGGUUUAAAGUCUGUAACCAUUAGUCGCACAGUCACAAAUGUUGGGCCAUCAAGCACUUACAUUGCAAAUAUUACCCAUGUGGUUGGAUAUAACAUCACCGUUGUGCCAAAUUCCUUGAGUUUUAAGAAAAUUGGUGAAAAGAAGACAUUUCAGGUUAUUGUGCAAGCAAGGAGUGUAACUAAGCGGGGAACCUAUCAAUUCGGAGAAUUACGGUGGACAGAUGGAAAACAUAUUGUAAAGAGUCCUAUUACUGUUAGGCGCAAAUGAAAAAUUCCCAAUGGUGUUGGUAUUGUUAGGAUUUUAAUCGUAUAUCACCAUUUUAUGGAUGAAUGCAUAUUUAGAUGUAAGUUUGACUUUAGCUAGGAUCUUGUGUUAUGAUGUGCAUGUUGUUCCUUGGAUAUUUUAUGCCUUAGUUGUUUGGCUAUCAUUGUAUUACAUAUUUUAGGUACAAUAACGGAUAUAUGGGAAAGCCAAUUCACAUCUCAGGUGUGAAUUGGACAUGUUUAUAUAUAGCAUUAUUUGUGUUAUUAA